AUGGCAGACACUGAAGAACCCCCCAUCUUUACUAAAUACCCAUCCCUGCGCAAGAUGGCGGGCGUUGAUGAUUCCGAGAUCGUCGAGUCCCACGACGGACGCGAGGUCACCCUCCUCAAGUACAUUUACGCCCACCCAGAGCUGGACACAAAGCUUCGGGGCUCCCCUGCGGCGAUUUUGGAGGCAAUGGAUGAGUUUGCCGCCCAAGAGGAUUUUCUGAUCAAUAUUGGACCCGACAAAGCGGGGAAGCUGGGUGCCUUAAUGCGCGAGCAUCGGCCGAGGGUUCUGGUGGAGUUGGGGGGGUAUGUUGGAUACUCUGCCAUCCUAUUUGGAAGUAUCCUGAAGGAAAUUUGGGGGGUGAACCCGGAUAAUGCAGAGGUAGAGGACGAGGACAACUCCAAGGCCAAACUCUAUAGCGUGGAGAUCGACCCUCUCAUCGCUUCAGUUGCCAUGAACCUUGUCAGCCUCGCAGGUCUCCAGGAUUUUGUUGAGGUCAUUAUCGGGGGCUCCGCGCACACCCUGCGGCGGUUCCAGGAGCAAGAGACCUUUGGCAACGGGGGUAUCGAUAUGCUGUUCUUGGACCAUGAUGAGGCGCUGUACGAGGCAGACGUCAAAUUGGCCGAAGAACUGGGCUUUCUUGACAAACACGGCGCGCUAAUUAUCGCCGAUAAUGUGGUGCGGCCUGGAGCGCCAGAGUAUCGGGAUUAUAUGCGGAAAAAUCGACGCUUGGGUGACGAGAUGGAGAUCAGCGUCGUGGGCCGCGGUGUGUGA